AUGUUGAACAAGUCCCAACUCACAACAGAAUCUGUACUUACUCUGAUGAGGGCAAGCGAGCAAAUUUCAAAGCACACAAGAUAUAAAGAGUUAGUAAGCCGACAGUUCAGGGAUGUGUGUGAACAAAGCUUACAGAUUUUCAUUCUAUUCAUCAACAUCUUCGGCGUGCUAACCAACAGCAUCAACCUUCGAGUGUUUGUCAGGCAGGGGAUUGCCUCAGAUACCACCACCAUCAGCCUCUCUGCUCUGGCCAUAUCCGACCUCAUGGGCUGUAUCUUCAUGAUACCUGCCUCCUUGUGCUAUGUGGUUAAGUUUGUGAACUACACAGACUACAGGAACUGUGUGUCGCUCACGUCUAUGCCUUGUCACUAUCCGCACGUGAUGUUCUCUAGAAUCACAUGCUGGCUUACUGUAUACAUCUCGCUAGAGCGCACAUUGUGCGUUCUCAUGCCCCUUAAAGUCAAGUUUCUUCUGAGACCAAGAGUGGCACGGAAUGCUGUUUUAGCUAUCUUUACGUUCUUUAUUUCGUUUCAUGUCCCAUUUGCAGCCAGUACACGGAUAGUUUGGGAUUUUGACCCGGUGUUUAACCAGAGCAUGGCGGGAAAUGUUGAAACAAAACUUGGCAAAUUAUUUUUAUAUCUCAACAGCUUGAUAGCUACAACAAUACUAUCAACUGUUGCCAUGGCGAUCGUUGCCAUGACGACAACAGUGAUGCUUUACAAACUGAAAACGAAACAGGAGUGGAGAAAAACGGUUUCGUCCACAUCGGCGUCUGUCAUCUCAACUUCAAAGGAUCUGGAAGUUUUUAAAACGGUUACCAUGGUGACAACCAUCUACUUGGUGUGUUUGAUUGGUGGCCAUACCCCUGGCUUUGCUAUGCUCUUCUUUCCUGGCGUAACGCUGUCUGGGGUCAACGAGAAUCUAUUUCUUGUGAUGUACACCUUCAAGUAUUUCUUUGACGCCGUUAAUUCCUCUGUGAAUUUUCUCUUUUAUAUUUGGAUCAGUAGCAAGUUCAAAGCUACGUUCCAUUCUCUUUAUAGUCGCAGACAUCCCGAAUAG